UAUUGGAAUCAGCAACACCGACUCAAAACCCCUCUCUCUCUCCUUUCUUUCUCUGCGCAUAUAUAUAUGCAUAGGAGAGAAGUCUCGUUUGGCCUUCCCUGGUUUACAUCUUUCUUGGGUUUUCUUGCUUUACAUCGUUUCCCAUCGCUAUCUUCAUACUCUCUCCCCCUCCCUGAGGGAUCAAGAAAUGGUGGAUAUUCCGGCGGUGUGCUGCAUGUGCGGCGACGUCGGCUUCCCGGAGAAGCUCUUCCGCUGCAACCAGUGCGGCAACCGCUACCAGCACUCGUAUUGCAGUAACUACUGCAGCGAGUCGUCGGAGCCGGUCGAGCAGUGCGACUGGUGCCAAAGCGAGCUCAAGAGCUCGUCCAGACGCCGCGGCAGCUCAUCUCGAAAAUCGGCAGCCGGGAACGACAGCGGCAUCACGAAAUCGGAAUACUCGGGCGGCGAGAAGAUAAAGCAACAGCAGCAGCAGCAGCAGCAGCAGCAUCGGGACGAUGCGCCCGCCCCUGCCGAGAAGGGAGCCGCGAGGAACCCGGGCGGCGUGCCAUCGCCCCGCACGGCAACGCGCAGGUACAAGCUCCUCAAGGAUGUCAUGUGUUAGCGAGAGACAAGCAACCUCGGCACAAACAUCAUAUGCUAUGUUCGAUACUACCCUUUUUGUUUUCAGUGUGUCAUCUUAUGUCUAUCUUGAUCCUAUGUGUUUUCUGCUCUUGAAAAGGAUGAUCACUAGGUUUUGUUUUAGGCUUGCUUGGGUUGAUCUCGAGUUAGUGGAUAAGAAAUUGUGAUAUUCCCUUUUUUGGUAAAUGAGAAAUUGUGAUUGUUAUGAGCAAAAA